CUUGCCCCGGAAUGCAAUAUAUAUCUAUAUCUAUAUUAGUUGAUGGUACUGACCAAAAUUUCAAGAUUCGAUUCUGAACAAACUGUAGCGUUAUGAAUGAAACCAGGGAGCAACGAGCAAAACCUGUACCUGUGGCAGCUGCAGUGGAUCAAUGGAAGGAAACAGAGAUAGUAAAAACACGAAUGAAGUAUGAGAAGCUAAGCGAGAAGAUUGUCUCAUGGGAAGAUAAGAAGAGGAAAAAGGCUAAGAGAAAGCUUCAUAGAACAGAGAGAGGGGUAGAAAAAACAAAGUUGAAGGCGAUAGAGAGAUUCAGAGAUGACAAUGAACGCAUUGAGAUGAUCGUUGCAAGUGCAAGAGCACAUGCCUAUGAGAGUCGAGUGAAAGAAGAGUUGAAGGUUAGGGAGAAAGCAAACCUCAUGAGAGCAACUGGAAAGAACCCCUCUACAUGUCUCUGAAUACUGCAAGUUGCAGGAAAAUGUAAAGCAAACGUUCUUAACUGCUGAUAACAAUGGUCAAACAUGUAAAAUGCAAACACAAAUAUAAGUUGUUUUAGCUAUAAGAGUGUAAGAGAGAUAACACUCAUGUGA